GAUUCUGCAUUGAAUAUUUGUGCUAACAAGUUAUUUUUCUAGAUUUUGGCAGCCCUCCAAAUUACUUUUUGUUGUUGUUGGGAAAACACUGCUUUUUCUGGAUUAUAAAGAGUGCGGAAACAACAUCAUGUGGAAUUCCUCAAAGUUUACAAAUGAUUUUGGGGGUUUUCUGAAGAGCCUCAAGUUUCCCAUGCUUUGAAAAAGUUAAAAUUAUGAUGUGUCAUCUCCCCCAUCACCAAAUCUUACAUCUCCCCUGUAGUUUGAGGGAGAAAACAUGGGUCUUUCUUAGGCAAUGAGCUUACAUUAAUGUGCAUCGUGAUUUUUGAAGUUUGAUUUUUGUCAGUAUUAGCAUUUUCAAGCUUCACGUCUCCUGAAGAUUUGGAGCUUUCUGCAAAGCAGGCUGGAUUUGUACACAGACGUUUUUAUUAUUAUUAUUUGGGAGAAAAACUGGAUCAAACCUCAGGAUUUAAUGAAGAAUUUAGUGUCCUGGGGCCUGGAGAAAGUCUGCAAAACAUCUGGAAAUUUCAAGACGUGGUAAAUACUGCCUGCAUUCUCAGGAAAAAACUGACCUGCUGGAUGUGUGUGUGUGCUUUUUUAAUCUAUUUCGGAUAUGGUAUUUUGGAUAAGUAGGAAAGUGUGUUAGCAUCUGUGGAUCUACAGACUCUGCUGGCAAGCCUUUUGGCUUGAAAGGAACAGCUCAGGCUUUCUGGAUUUCAUGACGAUGCAAAAAUCCCUGGUCGUUCUUCUGAGCGUGCCAGGUUUUUUUUAAACAAGGACCUUUGGAGAGAAGUACAGUAUUGCAAAUGCCUCUGUUUUGGGUUGCAAUUCCACUCUGCGGUUGCAACACAAGCCCAUGUUCCAACUUGUUACUCUUUCGCCUCCACUGCCUCAUCAAUCCAUGCAGCCUGCACGGCCUGGAAGCAGCCAGGCCUAUUCAGAUGGUUUUUCUGGGAAGCUUUUGCUGACCAAGAGAUUUGGGAAGGCUUACAAAAACUUCUGGGGUGUGGGGCAAAGAGAAUUGCAAAUUGAAAGUGGCUGGAAUUCUGAGAAACCAGACUCUUAGCAAUCAAAGGACAGGGAGUGUUUGAGUUCGGUUGGAAAUUACCUUUCCCUCCCACUUUGCGUUGGGAUAGUGUUUUGCAACAAAUUUGCCAACUUUUUUUGUUUAUGUUUUUUUGAGAAACUCUUGUUUUGAAUCGGUUCUCGCUUCUUCCAUCCCCAAAGCAUCGGAUAUAGGUAUAUUUUUCAAGGAUAUAAGAAACCAGUGUUGAAUUUCUCAGGAAUCUCUUCGUCGUUUCGGAACAACCAAGUGCAUGGACAAAUAAUGCACCUAGAAGCAGGGAUAUUGUUUUCAGAAGCCGGCGGAACAGAGGUGUAAUCUUCGUUCACAAUCUCCUGGGUCUGCGGUUGUUCCUUUUCUACUUCUCCUCGGUGUUCCACAGCCUGCCUUUUGCGAAGCAACAUGUCCGCCCAGCUCUGCCGCGCCCUGUACGACAACGCUGCUGAGUGCCCGGACGAGCUCUCCUUCCGCAAGGGCGACUUGAUGGUCCUGCUGCAGCCCGAAGCCCCGGGCCUGGAGGGCUGGCACCUCUGCUCCUUGCACGGGCAGCAGGGGAUUGUGCCAGCCAACCGGGUCAGAGUCCUCCCCGAGCCAGGGUCUCCAGGGCCCACCCCUCGCCGGAAUCACGUCCCAGCGGACGUCUACCAGGUGCCCAGGAAGGAGGUGGCGGCGGCCGGGACGGCCUACGAAGCGCCCCAAGAUGAGCAGAGGAGGAGGGGGCGCAGGAAGGAGGAGCAGGAGGUUUAUGAGGUGCCACCACCCGCCAGACCCUGCCCUCUGCCCCCAGAGGGGAUCUAUAGGGUGCCUCGCAGCACCAGACGAGACGGGGACCCUGCCGAGGUUUACGACGUCCCCUCCUCCCUCGUCCGAGACUCGCUGUCUGACACCUACGACUCGCCUUCCCCUUGCCCGAAGAAAGUGGCCCGCGUUGCCCCUCAGCCCUUAGCCCCUCCGCCCUCCGACGACCCCUACGACGUGCCCCUCGCCUUCAAGAAGCCUGCCGGUCCAGAGGAGGACGGGGAGGCGGAUGACGGGGGCCCGGAGAGCCCCCUCGUCUAUGCCACCCCGUCAAACCUGCGCCGGGCCUCGGCCUUGCUGAACUUGUACGAGUCGCCUGAGGAAGUGUUGGCGGGAGGCGGAGAGGAGGAAGAGGACGGGGGCAUCUACGACGUCCCUCUGCUGGCGCCCGGCUCCCCGCCCCUCGAGGGGGUGCUCCAGGGACUGAGCUUGCGGGAUCCGGGACCCCCUUCGCGACCCCGCUUGCCCUCGGCCGAAAGCCUGUCGCGGCGCCCCCUGCCUGCUCUUCCCAGCGAGGAACGGCUUUCCGUCGAGCCCCCGCCGCCGUCCCCAAGUAUUGUGCGGAAAGGGAGCAUCCAGGACCGCCCUCUGCCCCCGCCCCCGCCCCGGCUGGGGGGUCUAGGGGCAGGAGAGCAGCUGGAGCAAGUCGCAGAUGACGGGCACAACGAAUACGAGGGAAUCCGACUGGCGGAAGAAUACGACUACGUUCACCUUAAGGGAGCAGAUAAAACCCAGCCCAAAGCUGCAACUUCUGAAGGAAGCCUCGGACUCGCCCUUUCUGGAGACACAGCCCAGGCUGAAGAAAUGGCUCCGCCUUCCCCCGAGGACAGCCAGCUUCUUCAGUUCUACACGGGGCAGUGCCAGACGCAUUACACCACCCUGCUCUCGGCCAUUGAGGCGCUCCUGGCCAGCGCCGGGGCCCACCAGCCCCCAUGGGUCUUCGUGCCCCACGGGAAGUUCGUCAUUGUCACGGCGCACAAACUGGUCUUUGUGGGGGACACCGUGUCCCGCCUGGCGUCCUCUGCCACCGUGCGGGCGAGGGUGGGGGCGGCGAGCAGCACCCUCUGCCAGGCCCUGAAGGACGCCGUGCUCUCGGUCAAGGGGGCUGCCCUGCACUACCCCUCGCCGCCCGCCGCCCGGGAGAUGCGCGAGUGCGUGGCAGAGCUCUCCCGGCAAGCCUUGGCCUUCACUUCCUUGCUUGGCACCCUGGCGCCAUCUUGAAUCCCGCGUCAGUGCCGAUUCGCCACCAGCAAACUCCUGCCCUGAAGCUGUGAGACACUACGGCCCCCUCCUGUGGCAAUAACUGCAGUGCUGCUUGGUGGUUUUCUGGAACCGAGCAGGCCCGAACCUGCCCCCUGGAUAACUCAGGCCCUCGCCUAAAAACAAACGUUUCCCUUGGGUUCCAGCUGCCAUCUUGUCAGGGCCCCUUAACCCCCAUGGCAUUCAGCGCCUGCAGCCAGAAGCAACGUUUAGUGACCUUCGACCCUCGGGUGCUCAGUUUCGACCCACAGAUGAGACGGCCUUGCUCGACUUCAUGACAAGAAAUGGUCCUUGUCAGUGCCAGACCUUUGCCUCUUUGCUUUUACUCCCUUGCCCUUGCACCCACGACCAGCCAUCUUGGACGGUUUCCUAACCAAAGAACGUUCCGGACCUUUGGCCUCUGACCCAACACUGCGCAUCAUGACACCCAUUUCCCCGCUCCAGUUUGGUUUUGCUAAUUCUGACAUAGGUUCCUUCCUGAAAACAUCGAGGGUUUCUCAGACGCCCCUCGACAAAGAUGGUGGCGUGAGGUCGUAAGACCAAAAACACGUCUCCCUGCUGGCUCUUCGUAGACUUGACAACAGUUCUUUAAGAGUGCAAAAAAAACCCCAAAACCCUAGAAUGGGAAAGGAGCUGAAGGGAGACAGAAUUGAUGGGAAAUGACCCUUGUCAUCCUGUAACAAAAGAUUCUGGAGCAACGGCUGAAGAAAGAGGGGGGAAUUGGGAGAAUGGCCAGUAUCGCUGCAACAGAGAGGGUUAUGGGAAAUUGCCAACGGGGCAAAAGAAAACAAAACACAGAGAGGCAGCCAAAUGUGAAAAGAAGCAUAUUAAUCUGGGGCAGAAGGGAGGAAGCUGAGGGUGAACAGGAAACAAUAAAAAAAAAAGGACAACGGGGACUGGUCAGUAUGGACACUAUUAUGAUGCACAGUGUGAACUAGCAGCACAAAUAACUGGGUAGGGGGGUUAUUGAGCCACUGCUAGGUCAGCGG